AUGAAAUUAGUUUGCCGUUUAAGACCAUAGCCUAAUAAUACAUCUUCAAGUACUGUAAAUUCAAAAAAGGAUGUGCGUACUAAUAUCUUUGCAGGUGUAUUAUCUAAUGAAUGUAUGUUUUGAACCAUAAUAAGCACCCCAGACUCUUGUUAUAAGUUCACGUAAUGCAAUAUCACAGAAAAUAAUUUUUGAGUAUUUAAAGAAUGAUUCAGAUAUAAUGAAACAACGAUAAUCGAUAAUUGAGAAUUCUGAUCUUUUUCAAUUUGAUUAAGUAUUUGGUGAAAAGGCUAAUCAAUAAUUGGUUUAUGAUUAAGUGAUGGCAACUAAAGUAAACAAUUUGAUCACUGGUUCAUCAGGUUCCUUAAUUAUAUUGGGAGGACCUGAAAGUGGCAAAAAGUAUACCAUCAAAGGUGAAGAGAGAAGUCAGGAGAAGGGUUUAGCUGUAUUAAUAGUAGAAAAUAUACUCAAUUUAAUUGAAAGUUCAAAAUAAUUAAGAGGGAAGGGAAAAUUAAAUAUUUCAAUAUCAUUAGUAAAUAAUAUAGAGAUCAUUGAUUUAAUAGGAUCAUCUAGAAGUUAAACUGUUAAAUUUUCAUAAAUUAAGAGUGCAAUUGAAUUUAAAAAAAUGCUUAAUUAAAGUAUAUUCUAAUAUAAGUAAUAUGUAAAAGAGCAUCCAGAAACAAAAAAUAAUCAUAUUUUUAUUAAAUAUUUAAUUGAAUAGGAUAAAUAGGAAGUAGCUUAAUUACAUUUAAUUCUUUUUAAUGAAUUUAGAAGAGUUACAUAAGAAGCUAAAGAUUUUUAAAUGAAAUUGAAAUAAUUACUUAUAUCUUAAUAAGAUUUUUAAGAAAAAGAGUUGGAUAGUAAAUCAUUACUAUAACUCUAUUUAUCUUUGAGAGAAACUAAAUUUAAUAAUGUGACUGUUUUAUUUUGUGUAUCUUAAGUUUAAUAGGAUCAUAUAACUGCGUAUAUGACAUUAUAAUUUGCUGAAGAUUUGAGACAAACAAUAAAACCUUCAACAUAAAGAAUAGCAUUAUCUUAAUUAGAGAAUUAAUCAAUAAAAUCAAAAUCAUAAUUGGGAAGAGAUAAUAUAAUUUAAUAAUUUGGAUCAAAGGGAUCUUUUGAUGAUUAACCAUCUAGAAUAGUAAGACCAGGAGGUUCUGAUUAAAUAAUGAGAUUUGGAUCAGAUCAGAAUUUAAGACCAGGAUCAGAUUAAACUGUUUUACAUUAAUCAAAAAUAUAUAGUACAAUUGACAGAUAACCUAGUAGAUAAGAAAUAAAUUUUUCAAAGCAAUUUUAAGAAUUGAAGGAAUUAUUAAAAGAAAAAGAAGUGAUGGAAGAUUAUAAGUAAUUAUAAAUGAAUAUAGUUAUUAGAGUGUAAAGAUUUGAAAAGGAAUUAAAGAAUUUAUAUGAAGAGAAUUCAAGAUUGUAGAGUAAGGUUUAUUAAUAAGAAGAUUCUAUUAAAUAAAGAGAUUUAUUGAUUUAAUAGAUGGAAUAACAUAUGGAUGAUAAUAAAAAGUAGAUGGAAAUAGAACAUUAAUUAUUUACUUAAGCAAAAUAGAAUGAAAAUAUUUAUGAAUAAAAUUAAGAAGAAUUAAAUGAAGCAGUAGCAUAAUUAAAUUAAUAAUUGAGAUAUUGUAAUGAAGAAUCAUAAUUAUAAAAAUAAAAAAUAAGAGUUUUAGAAAAUGAUAUUGAAAUGUUAAAAGAAUAAGAGUUUAAGAAUGUAAAACAUUAUGAAAAGAGAGAAGAUGAAUUUAUGAAUUUAAUUUAAUAAGAAUAAGAACGAAAUAAAUAAUUAUAUUAAGAAUUAGAUUAUUUUGCAAUUGAAUUAAAGAAUAGAGAAUAAUAAUUAUAGAGUAGUGAUGAAAAUAUUAAAACUUUAAAUAAAGUGAUUGAAGAAUAAUCUAAGAGAAUAGAAGAGGAGAAAUAAAAGAAUAAGGAAUUAUGUGAGAAUGUAAACAGUCACAAAUUAAAAUAAGAAGAGACUGUUAGAGAUAUAAAUUAAAUUGAAUAAAAAUUUACUAGAUUAAAGGUUAAAUUGGAAACAGAAAAUAAAUAAUUAAAAUAAGAUAAGGAAAUAUAUUUAUCAAAAUAUAAAGAGAAAUUAAAGAAAUAUAAAACUCAAUUAAAAUAAUUUGAAUAAGAAAAUGGAUAGAUGAAGAUGGAAAGAGUUAAAUUAUAAACAGAAAAUGAUUAAUUAUAUGGUAUUUCAAAACAAUUAGAAACAUAAUUAGGUAGAGUUCAUAGUGAAACUACAGAAAGAAUUGGAGGUUAAUAUGAUAUAUAUGAAUAGGAUAAAAUUAGAUAAUAAAAUUAUUAAUUAAAUAAUUAAUUAUAAUAAUCAGAUUAUGAGGUAUUAUAUUUUUUAAAUAUUUAAUUAGAUUAAAUAAUUAUCAUUAUAACUUAACAAUGCAAUAUAAUAAUUAGAAUAAACUAAUAUUGAAUAUGAUCGUAUUUUAUAAGAGAAUUAAAAAUUAUAAUAAUUAUUAGAUAAUAAAUAAUCUGAAGCUAAGAAAAAUGAAUUUAUGAUUGAGAAAGUUGUAGAACUAAGUGAUAAAUAAUUAGAUGAUUUAGAAUCAAAAUUUAAUAAAUUAACAGCAUAAAUUAAUUCAUUAUAACAUGAAAAGAAAUCAUUAUAGUUAGAAAAUUAAAAUUUAAAAAAUUAAUUAGAAUAGUUAGAUGGUAAUGAUUUAGUUUUAGAAAAGAGAAUAGUUAAAUUAAGAAAAGAAAAUAAAGAAUUAAGUAAUCAAAUUAAAUAGUUAAAUUAAAAUAUGAAAGAAAUGAUUGUUGAAAAACAUUCAGAAAUGAGAAAUACAUCUUUACGUUAAAGUAGAUAUAGUAACAAAUUAUUAAGUUAAAAUUAAUCUUAUAGAUCAUAAAGAUUAAUGGAUUAUGAAGAUGAUGAUGUUAUUUGA